AUGGACACUUCGGAAAUACUCCGUACUUUUACGAGGCUUGAUGCUCGCGCGCUGCGGGCCGAACGAGCGCAUGCGAAAACCGAGCAAGAUCAUAGAUCUACUCAAGCAGCUCUGAAACAAGUGCAUGAGGAGCUAGAUCAAGUUUCUCGGCUGGCGGAGAUCUUUUACGAUCUCAGUCUCAGAUUGGUGGACCAUAUGCUGGGGGAACGCGGAUCCAAGGAGGAUGGCCAAGACCAAAAGUCUGCUAGCACGAUACUUGAUAUGGUGUUGAAACAAGUCGAACAGCAAGAAUCGGAGACCGAAGUUGGCACGACCCGUGAGAGCUCAGUCACUACUGAUGCGCGUGCUGCUGAAACGAACAGUUGA